GCUAAAGGACGUUAGCAUGACCUGAUUUAUAUGUAUGAGCUAAGACUUCUCGACAGCCCACCAAAGCAAAACAGCACCAAGUGCAAAACACUUUGAAAGUUUGCUGUGGCGGCAGAGGACAGGACACUCGUUAGAGCACCGUAUCCCCCAGAAAAGCUUUUCGGGGGAUUUAUUGGGUGACUAUGGCGGCCCGCUCCAACUGUUUUUACUGUCGCGAGGACCUCAGUGGAAAGAAGUUUGUGAGGAAAGACGAGAAACAAGUGUGCGUGCGAUGCUUUGACAAGUUCUGCGCCAACACCUGCGUGGAGUGUCGACGGCCAAUCAGCACCGACUCCAAGGAGCUGCAUCAUAAGGGCCGGUACUGGCACUCGGAUUGUUUCCGAUGUGCCAAGUGUUAUAAGAAUCUGGCCAAGGAAUCUUUCACCUCCAAGGAUGACAGGAUCCUCUGUGGGACGUGCAGCUCGCGUGAGGAUGCCCCUCGCUGCCAUGGCUGCUACAAGCCCAUACUGGCAGGCACUGAGAAUGUGGAAUACAAAGGCAACUCAUGGCAUGACGAGUGUUUCACCUGCUAUCAGUGUCAAAAGCCAAUCGGCUCCAAAAGCUUCUUAGCAAAGAACAACAACAUCUACUGCAGCCCUUGCCACGAGAAGAAAUUCGCCAAACAAUGCGCCUGCUGUAAAAAGCCCAUUACCACAGGAGGUGUGAAUUACCAGGACCAGCCGUGGCAUUCUGAGUGCUUUGUGUGCUCCUCCUGCCGAAAGCCCCUGGCUGGCACCCGCUUCACCUCCCACGAGGAAAAGGUCUACUGUGUGGACUGCUACAAGAGCACUGUGGCCAAAAAAUGCGGCGGCUGCCAGAAUCCCAUUACAGGAUUUGGCAAGGCCACAAACGUAGUGAACUACGAGGGUGGCUCCUGGCACGAUUACUGCUUUAACUGUAAGAAGUGCUCUCUUAACCUGGCGGAAAAGCGAUUCGUCGCUCACGGCGGAGACAUAUACUGCUCUGACUGCUCCAAGAAACUGUAAGCGCCUCGUGGCCGCGAAGACGCAGAAGAGGGAGAUUGCUCAAGAAAAAUAUCAGCGUCCAUUUGAAUUUAUACAAAAGUCCCACAUAAAUAUGUUGCAGUAUUGACAAAGGCUUCUGUUAUGUUGAUUCUGGCUUCUUCGAGAAGGGAGUUUGAUAUUUCCUGUAAGGAAUGUUACGUUUACCUAGAGCCUUUGAUGGGAAAAUGUAUCCGCUCUCUUUCCAAUGCUUCCUAUUUGCCUCGGGAAAGAAAGAAGACAGGACGAAAGACGGAUAAUGGAGAUGUGUAUUAAGAAGGCGAAGUCUGUAGUUUUAGAUGUACUCAUGGUAAACCUGUUUUCAGUAAUGUUUCAAUAAUGUUGAUCAUUUUUAAAACAUCAACAGCUUUUAAUCAUGGACACUGAACUUUUCCGGACUAUGUGUUUCUGUAUCUUUUAGAUUGCUUCUUUGGAAUUUAAAAAAUACUAAUUGUACAAUUUGUCAUUUUGGUAUAAAAGCUAAUACUUAAAAAAAAAAAAAUGUUUUUCUCUUUACUAACACGUUCUCCUUAAUGCAAUUGACAUGACAGUUUUGUUAUUUUAGUUGCCUUUGUAUGAUCUGAGAAAAAAAUAAAUAAAGUUGGGAGUGUGUCCUUUG